AUGAUAUCUACCACAUUCACUUGUCAAACAUUACACUUAAUCGUUACAUUAAAUUAUUGUUUUUUGAAAUUGUUGUGUGCAAACAUGUCGACGCAUGUACCUGAUCGAGAUCUGAAAGCGAUCUUAUUUGUAUCGAUAACAACUGUUUUAAUUAUUCUCAUCAUUGUCAGUCGAUGGCUCAAUUUCCAUUUUUGUAAGUGCUGUUUCCAUUGGAUGCGAAUUAGAAAAACUUCAAUAACUACACCAAAUAUUUCUGCUCGCGAACAUUCAACUCAAGAACCGCGAACGUCAUUCAUUGACCUGAAUACAACUGACGACGUAGUUAAAAAUGUGAGUUUAUGGACGCCAGCUUUUGGUUCGGUCUCAUCCUUGGUCACCAACGACACAACACGUGAUGCGACAUCGAUGCCGAAUAGUGACAGUGCAUAUGAUAUUGUUUCCUUUGCGAACAAUGUCAAAUCAACGCUAAAACAAACCAUCGUAUGCGAAUCUGAUGAAGAAUCGAUUGGCAAUGAUUUAACUGAAGAGAAUCUCGGAUGUGGCAAAUUACAGAUAACAAUUAAUUACAACGCUUUGGAAGAAUAUUUCGAAAUAUUGUUUCUGCAAGCACGAUACAUCAGCAUAAGCAAUGAAAAGCGAGAACAAAUCAAACUUUACAUAAGUGCAUACUUAGAUCAUGAACGACGGCAAAGUCAACAGACACAAUUAAUUACCUAUCAUCCAAAUCAACCGUUAGUCUUUCAUUCGUCAAUGAGAUGGAAAGUCGAUGAUGAUCGGUUACCAAGUACAGUUCUACACACAAGUCUACACGCUCAGCAGGAGAAUCAAACGGAAACCCUCGUUGGAGAAUGUUCGUUUACAAUCGGUGAAAUUUACAUUUAUCAACCAUUAACAACAUGGUUAAAUCUGCAUGAUAGUGAUAAAGCGUAUUUAUAUCGUGGUGAAAUUAGUAUAUCUCUUUGUUACCAUCCUACAGCCGAUCGCUUAACUUGUUCAUUAAUUCAAGCACGAAACUUGACCUUCUACAAACGCGACUCUAUCAUCACUGGUAUGAUAUCGACAGAGUGUUAUGCGACCAUAUCUUUGCUUCAUCGUCAUCAAGUGAAAAGAAAAACUCGAACAAGCUAUCAUCAUGCUACGGACGCAAACCCUAUCUUCAAUGAAACAUCUGUAUUCAAUGUUUCGAGUAAUGAUCUUCUUACUUCGUAUAUACGCAUUGUGAUCUAUGAAAUCGUACCAUCGAUAUCGUCGACAACAACAAAAACACUCGAAAUAGGUCAUUGUCUCAUCGGUAAUCAUGAUCGUACACAGCAUAUGUCUCAUUGGCAACAAAUGUUACGUGUGCUUCAACGUCCUGUCAUCACACGACUAUCUUUGCCGUCAAUGAAAUACGUUUCCUACAAGCUAUUUGUCGUUAUCAGAUAUCCUUAUGAAAAUAGAUCAGUUCGAAAGAUGGAUAACUAUAUUAAUCACGAUGAAAAAAUGCUUAUGUACAGAUGGUUUGUGAAUGACAGAUUCUUUGCUGAUAUGUAUACAUAG